CCGGAGCCCAGUACACCGGAAAAACAUUGACGAAUCCCCACAGCCAAAAGAGCGCGCAGCGACGGUGCUCCUCGUCCCAUUGUUUGAGACGUACAGCUGUCCGGAGGGUAAGCCAAGAUGGUGAAGGAUCCAAAGAAGCCGAGGGGCAAAAUGUCCUCUUAUGCCUAUUUUGUGCAAACAUGCCGGGAGGAGCAUAAGAAGAAGCACCCUGAUGCUUCUGUCAACUUUUCAGAAUUCUCCAAAAAAUGCUCUGAGAGAUGGAAGACUAUGUCACCAAAAGAGAAGGGCAAGUUUGAAGAUAUGGCCAAACAAGACAAGGUGCGCUAUGAGAAGGAAAUGAAGAACUAUGUGCCCCCUAAGGGUCAGAAGAAGAAGCGAUUUAAGGACCCUAAUGCUCCCAAGAGACCGCCGUCUGCUUUCUUUAUUUUCUGUGCUGACUUUCGGCCCAAGGUAAAGGGUGAGAAUCCCGGCCUUUCCAUCGGAGACACCGCAAAGAAGCUUGGCGAGAUGUGGAACAGCUUAUCUGCAGAAGAAAAGCAGCCGUAUGAAAAGAAGGCUUCCAAGUUGAAGGAGAAGUACGACAAAGAUAUUGUGGCGUACCGCACAAAGGGCAAAGUAGAUUCAGCAUCCGCUGCUGCAGCUGAUGACGACGACGAGGAAGAGGAGGAGGGAGAGGAGGAUGAGGAAGAAGAGGAGGAGGAAGAUGAUGAGUAGAAUGCAUCAAGAUGGGACCUGAAGUUUUGUUUAUGCCAUAUAAUCUUAAUGUACUCAGUUCAGUAUCUUGAAUCAAACGUCCAAUUGAACAAGAAACAUGUAUAUUUAAUGUUUUUAUGAUGUACAGUGUUAAUCUCCCUUUUUUUGUAAAGGUAACACUACAUAUCCUAAGUUUCAACUUUUUCUAGUGGUAGUUCUUUAUUCCUGCCAUACUGUAUAACUAUUUAGAAAGACUACAUAUCAGUAUGAAAGUAACUAGUCUUUAGGUGUUACAACUCAAAAAUGAGUUUUCUAAGUUGGUAGUGUAUUUUUUGUUUUGAAAAUUAUUUUUGUAUGUGCUGUCCAACUGUCUUUUUAUUGUUGUUUGAAUACCACUCUAAUAUCAAAUGCAGCUGUUGACAUUCAAGAAUGUCUUCAAUAAAAGUUUUUUUUAAUG